AUGGACCGCGGUGGUACAUUUACGGACUGCUAUGCCAGGAUUCCAAGCAACUGUGCGGACGAGCAGCCGCGUGAUGUCGUGGUGAAACUCUUGUCGCGCGACCCCUCCAACUACCAAGAUGCACCCACCGAAGGUAUUCGGCGCAUUAUGGAAAUAGCUACUGAGAAGAGCAUACCUCGGACAGAGAAAAUGAACACACUUGAUAUUGAGUAUAUUCGUCUAUCCACGACUGUCGCAACAAAUGCAUUGUUGGAGCGAGAUGGAGAGCGGCAUGCCCUUAUUACCACCCAGGGUUAUCGCGACAUUAUCCGCAUCGGAAAUCAAUCCCGCCCAAAGAUAUUUGACCUGGCCAUCCGCAAGCCGGAUGUGUUGUACGACAAGGUCGUAGAAGUCGACGAGCGUGUCACAGUCGUUGGCUACGCCUCUGCUCCAAAUGCGCGCGAAAGCGCGGUGCAGUUUUCCUCUGCGGCACGGGAUGCAUCCAUUGCAAAAGCGUACAGUGGAAAAGAUAGGCCGCCUUCUGCGGGCGAGCCAGGCGGCCCAUAUAUUGCGCCAGAGAUUGUGCAAGGUGUCUCGGGCGAAGCGCUCGCCAUUCUUAAACGACCCGACGAGGCCAAGGUGCGUGCCGAUUUGCAGGCGCUGUAUGACGAGGGCUAUCGCAGUCUGGCAAUUGUAUUCAUGUUCAGCUACACAUAUUCCGACCAUGAGCUACUGGUGAAAAACAUUGCGCGCGAACUUGGAUUCCCCAGUGUCAGUUGCAGCACCGAGUUGAUGCCCAUGGUCAAAAUGGUCCCUCGCGCUACCUCCGCUACGGCAGAUGCGUACCUUACGCCCGUACUUCAGGCAUAUAUUGCUGGCUUCUUUGCAGGAUUUGACCCUUCUUUGCGCAACGGCUCAGCGGGAACGCGCGUCGAGUUUAUGAUGUCCGACGGUGGACUCACAUCCGUGGAGCACUUUAGUGGCCUUAAAUCAAUUAUUAGCGGCCCAGCAGGUGGAGUCGUUGGCAUGGCGCUCACCACGUUUGAUGUGCAGGAUAACAGACCGUGUAUCGGCUUUGAUAUGGGCGGGACUAGCACGGACAUUUCACGAUACGCUGGGCGCUUUGAACAGGUCUUGGAGACGACCAUUGACGGCGUUACGAUUCAAAGUCCACAACUCGACGUUAACACAGUUGCCUCUGGCGGCUCGUCGCGCCUCUUUUUUAAAAACGGUCUUUUUGUCGUGGGUCCCGAGUCAGCCUCGGCCCAUCCUGGCCCUGCUUGUUACAGAAAAAAAGGACCAUUGACCAUCACCGACGCGAACCUCGUCGUGGGGCACCUUGCCGUGGAUAUGUUUCCCAAGAUAUUUGGGCCUGCUGAGAACGAGGGCCUGGACGUGGAGGCAUCCAUUCGCGGAUUUGAAGCGCUUGCACAGCAGAUUCACCACGAGACUGGACGCAAAAUGAGUGUCGACGAGAUUGCAAAUGGAUUUAUCCGUGUCGCGAACGAAGUCAUGACGCGGCCAAUCCGCGCACUUACACAGGCACGCGGCUACUCCACGUCAAAACAUGUGCUUGCCAGCUUUGGUGGUGCAGGUGGCCAGCAUGCUUGCGCAAUUGCGCGAGCGCUUGGCAUAAAGACUGUGCUUGUGCAUGCUUAUUCGUCCAUUUUGUCCGCCUACGGUAUGGCGCUCGCGGACCGUGUCUAUGAGGCACAGCAGCCUUGUAAUGAGACGUGGGAAUACAAUGAAAGUGCUGCUCAUAGCGAUUUGUCUAGUACCUCUGCGCUGGGGCGGAUCCGUAUGCGUGUUGCGGAGCUCACCGACAAGGUCGUGGCGGAAUUGAACACGCGUCAAGGAUUUCCACUGGACAGGAUUCACACGGAUGUACUUUUGCAUCUUCGAUACGACGGCACCGACACAGCGUUGAUGAUGCACAAGCCAGCUGAUUCGUGGGAUAUGGAGCAGGUGUUUACGGAUACCUACCGCCGCGAGUUUGGAUUUGUUUUACACGGACGGCCAAUCAUUGUAGAUGAUGUGCGUGUAAAGGCCAUUGGUCGCACAUUCGGAUCACUGCGACCGACUGCACUGCACGAAUAUGCGGCGCAUCUUGCCGAGUGCAAGCAACGCAGCGAGGCGCCUUUUACCAACGCUAGAGUGCUGGAAAGUGCGCCGCAACGGCUAGUGUAUUUCGAUGGGCUCGGUCGCGUUCCUACACCGAUUGUUUGCCUGCGCGAUAUUGAUAUCUUUGAGCAAGUGUGUGGGCCUGCGGUCCUCAUUGAUGAGACACAGACAAUUCUGGUCGAGCCAGAUUGCGAGGCGCGCAUGAUGAGCGACGCGGUGUUGAUCGAUAUCUUGUACAAUGACCGCUAA